AUGACGCAGUUCUGCUCCUCCUGCAGCUCGGACAGAGUCCAGGAGGAAUUCCUGGAGCUGCUGGAGCUGCUGGUCUCCCGCGCUCGCACCUACGUCUCCUCGCUGGCUGCCAUGGAGGAGUUCCACCUCAGCCUCUCGCAGUGCGUGGUGCUGCGCUACCACUGGAUAGACCCCUUCGUCCGCUCCCUCAAGGAGCGCCUGGCCUCCUUCGACAGGUUCUUCUGCGUGGCUGACCAAGUGAAGGUUUACACCAACCAGAACAAAACCAGGACCUUUAUUGGCUUGGAGGUCUCUGCUGGGCAUUUCCAGCUGCUGGAGUUGGUCUCAGAGGUGGACAGAGUUCUGGAGGAAUUUGGCCUUCCCACGUUCUACAAGGACCCGUCGUUCCAUAUCAGCUUGGCCUGGUGCGUCGGGGACCUGUCCGGCAGGCUGGAAGGGCAGUGUCUGCGGGAGCUCCAGGACAUCGUGGACGGGUUUGAGGACUCGGCGCUCCUGCUGCGUGUCCAAUGGGAGCAAAUCCGCUGCAAGUCGGGGAACAAGUACUUCUCCUUCCCCUUGAGGUAGGGGCCGGUGGGGCUGUGCGUUUCAGAGCCUCGAAGACCCUGAUGUUCAAUCAAGAACCGUUCUGCAGCGCAGCUCUGAGUGGUGCAGGCUGUCACGCACCUCCCACGCUCUUCUUGCCUGCUCAGCAUCUCUGGGGUGUUUGUGGCCUCAAGUCGGGCUACUUCCAAGUUUGAGUUGCUGGCUGAAGAAAUGUGUGUUUGUAGCAGAUUUCGUCCUCGCUGCUGUAUGUGCUGCAGUCAGCACCAGUGGUUCCAGCCAUCCCACGGUCGCUAAUUUUGCUGAUUUUUUUUAAAAAAAGAAAAAAAAGUCUCUGUAAAAGCCAUAGAUGCCUUAUGGGAAGGAGGAAGAAGGUAGCGUGGGAAGCUGUUGCUAAAGGGAGAGUGUCUCGCACGGUUGGAAAUAGCACUGCCUGAUUGUCAGGAGGCUCUGAGCAUGCUUUGAGUAGGAAGAGGUGAGGACAUGGAGCUGGACUCUCUCGCCAGAGCAUCUCCCUACUGUCAGCCAGCUCAGACAAGUUCCUGGGUCAUGUGUCCCUCUCACACUGCUGCUGCCUCUACAGAGAAAUUUCAGUAUCGGCUUUUGCCAAACAGCAGAAGAUGAAAUCUGGAGGGGAGAGGUUGGAAACCCCUUGUGUUUCAGUGCUCCAGGCUGGGUCUAAAAGAAGAGCUUUGGUUUAAGAUCGUGUGUGCCAUAAGCCCAGGACUUUUUUGGUGGGCUGUGUCUCCUGAGAAGCUUGCUGCUGUGUGUGGGCGAGCCCAAGAGAGGGCAGUGUCAGCUUUUGCCUGAGCUGGAAGGGCAGUGCCCACGGGUGAGUCAAGGGGUGGCAGCUCCUGCCCAGGCUCCAUGCUUUUGCCCCGUGGGAACAGCACCCCCAGUGCCGUGAUGACCCUGGGGACAGCGGGGCUGGACUUUGUCCCUUGGGAGAAGCUCUUUUUUAAUCUUUUUGUUUCUGCGGGGAGGUUGGCUGCAGCCUCUCAGGUAUUCAGAGCAGGACGACAAUGUGCUGCCCUGAAUCUUUCAUUCCACGUCUGUCUGAUGAAAGACUCUGGGACUUCUGAGCAGUAAAAAUCUGUCUCCUUGUGUC